UUGGCCUAAACUUUAGCAUUACAAUAUUAAAUGACAUUUUAAUAGUUAAUAACACAACGCCCUUUAGAUUUCGAACUCAGGAAAUUGGACCAAAACCCGAUAAGCCAUGGGGGGAGCCAAACGAAGACGAGCGGUAGCGAAAAAAGCCGCUGCACCGCAUCUUGAAAUGGAAGAAAUAAGCCACUGAACACAGGUGGAUGCUGAUGGAGAUGGCUUGGAAGAGAUUUGGUUGAGAAGAGCUAGUGUGAUGGUGAUAAUGCAUGGACACGGCGGCAAGGGAACAGUUGGCAAUGUUGUCUUGUGCAGGGUGGCGCAACAAGAUUCAACAUUUUUGUGCAGGCGAUGGUGAAGGAAGACAAGCGAAAUCGACAUAACCAUUGCCGAACUGGUGGGCGACGGCAUGGUGGCAACUUGCCCCUGCCAGGAACCGGCCACCACAACACGACCUUGGCAGUUUAGAGAAUUUUUUCACUCCUCUCUCUAAACUUUUCCCCCUCCCUCCCUCUCCCACUUCUCUCUCCUUUUAAACCCAACUGCGAUCUCCUUCCUUCUCUUUAUCGACACUCUUUGCUCUCUUUUCCCUUCAAUAAUUUUUUAUCUCUCUUCCUACAACAAACACCAUUACAAACUUCUGCUUUGUAAUUGAAACUGAUUCGUUCCCUCCUGUCCCUGCAUGUCGCCACGUGCCCCAUUCCCUUAUCUAGAUUUGGUGUCUAUCACUUCCUCGAGUGAGUUGAGCAAGGGUAUUUUUGUCAUAUAAUUUCAUUUCUAGGGUUUUUUUUCUUCCUCUAUUUUUUUUAUUUAUUUGCAUCGGUCAAUAGGUUUAGUAGCAACAAAACAAAACAUGCCCUUUUAAACCCUUUCUUCAUCUCUCUCCUUUUAGUUUUUCAAAGCUUCUUCCUUUUGUCUUUUUUCCUCCUUGCGAAUUUCUCUUCUUCACUGCUGCUUCUUGUUGAGGGUGAGCUGAUAAAAGUGGCUUAAGCUUUUUUGGUUCCCUUUUUGUUUUAAAGUAAGCAGCAGCAUCUGCCACUAUUUAGUUCAGGUUUUCUUGAUUCGGAAAUCAUUGAACAACAACAACAACAUGAUGAAUGAAAGCAACAACAACAAUCUCAAGUUCUGUACGGACUGCAAGACUACAAAAACUCCUUUGUGGAGAGGUGGCCCUGCUGGUCCCAAGUCACUUUGUAACGCAUGUGGGAUCAAAUACAGGAAGAAAAAGAGAGUUACUGAAAGCUUAAACAGCAGGCGUCCAGAAAAGAGAAAAGACAAAACAACACAUUAUAUGACAAAUGCAAACUCCGCCUCUGCACAAGGUGUUUUUGCCAAAGUUGAUGAUGAUGGUAGUGAUGCUUUUGUUGUUAAUAAUAACACAGAUUUGGGUGAGAAUCUCGAGAUGCCGUUAAUGGUUUGGGGAAAAGAAAUGAUGUUGGAGAGAUCAUUAUCUUCACCAUCACUGUCGCCAUUUGUGCUGGUGAAGAAGAAGCAAAGAUGCCAGAGAAAAAGGAAGUUGAAAGAGGAAGAGCAAGCAGCUUUCUCUUUGCUGGCCUUGUCAAGUGGGUUUGUUUUUGCUUGAAAGUUGAUAAUCACUCCAAAUCACUCAGCCUUUCACUGUCUAUUUUUAGGCCAAUUUUCUUGUUAAUGAUAGUUGUUUUGAAGAUAGAAAUUAAGAGCCACAUUGAGAGUAGUGAUGAUGACACAAGACCGGCGGAGAUAGACACAGCCAUGGCCCAUGGAUCGGACUGAUUUUGGUGUGCCCACCAUGUUUAGGGAUCGGACCAUGCCUCAGUUCGUCAAUUAAUGGAUCGAGGUAGCUGACAAGUAUGGUAACACUAGCGAUAUGGUCUAGGGUUUUUGGAUCAUACUUUCGCAGAUCUUGGUGAAUCAAUUUGUAUGGAUCGGUCCACUAUUUAUUAUUAUGAAUUUUUUUAUGACAAAGAUUGUGGAGGUUUUUAUCUUUGGGAUAUAGAUAUGAUAUGAAUUAAUUGUUUCUAUUU